GAAAAUAGGACCAACCAACAUCUUCCCUCCUUUCUCUCCCUCUGCAUACGUUUUCAUAUAAUACACACAUACACACCUGUUCCAUGCUUAUUUUCCAGCUGUUUGAAUAUUCUUUUCUUCAGCUCCUACUUUUUGUCAACACUUUUGAACAAAACCUUUGAUACCCACUUCUCAAAAUUCAAUCUUUUUUACCCAAUUUGAGUUUUUGAUCCUAAACUAUCUGACCCACAUUCACUUUUCUUCUGAUAAUUAGGCCAAAACCCUAGUUCUUGAAGUUUCAGUUGUCAAUUCCCGUUUUUUGAGUUAUCUGCAUAUAGCUCUUGUGUAAUUCGGUUUAGUUGUUCAAGUUUUUGGUGUUUUUGCUCUAAAGUUUUAAUCUUUGCAAGAUUAGCAUGUGAUUUUUGCUUUGAUCUAUGAUUUUGAGCUGAAAUUUGAGGCUCUUGAGUUUUAUAUAUGUGUGUUUAUGUGUAAAUAGAUAGAUAGAUAAAAGUUAACUGAGGAUCAGAAUUUUAAGUAUUUAGACAUGGUUAGUGGAAGUAUAUUUCAAUAUCGAAAGAGUUCUUGGCCACCCGAAGAGUAUGUAAGCAAGGCAACUUUGGAAUUGCUUGAUUCUGAUAGCUCUGCUCUGCCAAAAUAUGCAUGGAGAAGGAAAUUAAACAGCCAUGCUAGUAUUCUUAAGGAAUUCAGUGUUACAUUUACGGAGGCAAUAAAAAUGGUUCGACUUGGUAUACGACUGUGGUCAUAUGUAAGGGAGGAAGCCUCUCAGGGAAGGAACGCACCAAUUGAUCCUUUCACCCGCGUAAGUUGCAAGCCAUCAGCAUCCCUAGGGGUUCCCCUGGGAGGGAUGGGAAGUGGUAGCAUAUCAAGAGGUUUUAGAGGUGAAUUCAGAAACUUUCAAAUUGUUCCUGGUACCUGUGACACUUCUCCUAUCAUGGCUAAUCAGUUCUCUAUUUUUAUAUCUCGAGAUGGUGGAAGUAAAAAAUAUGCAUCCGUCCUAUCUCCAGGGCAACAUGAAAAUUUGGGGCAAUCUUCGUAUGAGGGUCUGUCUUCGUGGGAUUGGAAUUUGAGUGGCCAGCAUUCAACAUAUCAUGCACUUUUUCCAAGGGCAUGGACGGUAUAUGAUGGUGAGCCAGAUCCAGAACUGAAAAUAUCUUGUCGCCAAGUAUCGCCCUUUAUACCACAUAAUUACAAGGAUAGCAGUCUUCCUGCCACCGUUUUUGUUUACACGCUGGUCAAUACUGGAAAGGAAAGGGCAAAAGUCAGUCUUCUUUUUACGUGGGCGAACUCAAUUGGAGGAAUCUCACACCUAUCUGGAGAUCAUGUUAACGAGCCUUUUAUCGCUGAAGAUGGAGUGUCUGGUGUACUUCUACAUCACAGAACUUCAAAAGGGAACCAUCCUGUUACUUUCGCCAUUGCAGCAUGUGAAACUCAGGAUGUUAGUGUUACUAUUUUACCAUCUUUUGGCUUGUCCGAGGGAAGUUAUCCUACAGCAAAAGCCAUGUGGGGCAAAAUGGCACAAGAUGGGUGCUUUGAUAAAGAUGAAUUUGAUGCUGGACGAAGCAUGCCUUCAUCACCUGGAGAUACACGUUGUGCCGCUGUUUCUGCUUCAGCUUGGGUUGAGCCUCAUGGGAAGUGCACAAUGGCAUUUUCUCUUGCAUGGUCUUCCCCCAAAGUUAAAUUUCGUAAAGGAAAAUCUUAUCAUAGGAGGUACACAAAAUACUAUGGCACAUCUGAAAGGGCUGCAUCAAAUUUAGUCCAUGAUGCACUAACAAAUUACAAGCAAUGGGAAGAAGAUAUUGAGAGAUGGCAAAAUCCUAUUCUCAACAAUGAUAGACUACCUGAAUGGUACAAAUUCACGUUAUUUAAUGAACUAUACUUUUUGGUUGCUGGCGGGACAGUUUGGAUUGACUCUGCCUUGCCGGCUGCAGACAUUGGCUCUGAUCACCCUCAAACAAAGAAAGUGGUGAAGUGCAUAAAUGAUGCAGUCGAUGAAAGUUCAAAAAUUUAUGGAUCUGGUUGUAGUAUGGAGGAUGGAUCAACAGGUGAUGUUGAAAGCACCCAUACAGGAUGUUCUGAUGAAGAGGAUUCAGAUAAAUCCCAGGGAGAAGACUACAUUAAAUACCCUUCUCAUGAAAACGAUAUUGAUGAUGUUGGUAGAUUUUUGUAUCUAGAAGGUGUGGAGUAUAUUAUGUGGUGCACGUACGAUGUUCAUUUUUAUGCAUCUUUUGCGCUCCUUGAGCUGUUCCCCAAAAUUGAAUUAAGUAUCCAGCGCGACUUUGCAAACGCGGUGUUAUUGGAAGAUAAACGGAAAGUAAAAUUUCUAUCUGAGGGCAACUGGGGAAUCCGUAAAGUUAAAGGAGCAGUUCCCCACGACCUUGGAACUCAUGACCCCUGGCAUGAAAUGAAUGCAUACAACAUACAUGAUACUAGCAAGUGGAAGGAUCUCAACCCGAAAUUUGUGCUUCAGGUAUAUAGAGAUUUUGCUGCAACAGGGGAUUUGUCAUUUGGAUUAGAUGUGUGGCCUGCUGUUUGUGCUGCAAUGGAGUACAUGGAACAGUUUGACCGGGAUAAUGAUUGUCUCAUCGAGAAUGAUGGAUUUCCAGAUCAAACUUAUGAUGCUUGGACAGUUCAUGGUGUAAGUGCGUACUGUGGCUGCUUAUGGGUUGCUGCACUUCAAGCUACAGCAGCAAUGGCUUUGCAACUGGGUGACAAAUUUGCUGCAGAAAGAUACAAAAUUAAAUUUUUAAAGGCAAAAUCAGUGUUGGAAGAAAAAUUGUGGAACGGAUCAUAUUUUAACUAUGACAGUGGUUCAAGCAGUAACAGUAAAUCGAUCCAAGCUGAUCAAUUGGCUGGGCAAUGGUAUACAGCAUCCUCAGCAUUGCCAAAUCUUUUCGACGAUUCAAAAAUUCAAAGCUCCCUUCAAAAAAUUUAUGAUUUCAAUGUUUUGAAAGUCAGAGGAGGAAGAAUGGGUGCUGUCAAUGGGAUGCAUCCUAAUGGAAAGGUGGAUGAUUGUUGCAUGCAAUCUCGUGAAGUAUGGACAGGGGUCACCUAUGCUGCAGCAGCCACCAUGAUUUAUGCUGGUAUGGAAGAACAGGCUUUCACUACAGCAGAGGGUAUAUUCUAUGCAGGCUGGUCAGAGGAUGGAUUUGGAUAUGCCUUCCAAACUCCGGAGGGGUGGACUAUGGACGGGCACUUUCGAUCUCUAACAUACAUGAGACCGCUUGCCAUAUGGGGAAUGCAGUGGGCUUUAUCUUUCCCUAAAGCCAUUCUUGAUGCUCCUCAUGUUAAUAUAAUGGAUAGAAUUCAGCUGUCUCCGCAGAUUGCCCAAUCUCACCAUGCAGAGACUGGUGUUAGAAAGAUAGCCGAGACAGGAACAUUCUUCAGCAAUUCAGUGUUUCAAUGCGCAUGCUGAUUUUCACACUUAUUAUUCUCUUUUGUUUUUUCAAGGUUCCAGACAGAAACCAAGAAGUUUUCUGGGAAGCAGUGAAUGGAACUCUGGGCUUGAAAUCUGCGUCUGAAGUUGGAUUUUUUAUUGCUUAAAUUGUAUUAGUAUAGUUCGAAACUCUAUAUUUAGCUUGUGCAAAUAUAUGCUCUGAAGCUGGUGUAUUAAGUUUUAAAGCUAGUGUAUUCAGUUUUUAGGUCCUAUCAAUUGUAAAUGUGUAUAGAUCCCAAUUUUUUGUGUCCAGAAUUCAGACUCAACGAUAUUCAAAAUUCCUUCUCCAGAAUUUUACAUUUUAUUCAAUUAAUUUUAAGUAAA